AUGGGAGAGAGAGUUGAUCUUUGGUCUGAGAUCAUUGAAUCCGAAGAAGAAGGCGGAGAUAGAUUCACAGAUAUACCUGUGGUCGAAGCUGUAUAUCAGAGAAGAAAUAAGCUUGAGAAACCCUCCGUAGCUGCAGAUUUAGUCUGGUCGACGAAAGGGGCUCGUACUCAUUCGAUCAAUGGACCCAAGAGAGAUAGCUGGGCUCGUUCACUUUCCACCAGAGGGAGAGAGAGUAUUGCGGUGGGCGCUUAUGUCAACAAUCAGCCUCAGAAGAAGCCAGCCAGGAGAAAAAAACCAGCUAUUCCAAAGGGAAAAGUUGUUAAAGCUCCAGACUUUCAGAAAGAGAAGGAAUAUUUUCAUGAGGUUGAUGCUUUUGAGCUACUCGAAGAGAGUCCUUCUCCCAAGACCAAGAACUCUAGUACAUGGACCAUGGGUGAACAAGUUGUUCCUGAGAUGCCACAUCUGGCCACAAGAUUAGAAAAAUGGCUGAUCUCCAAGAAGUUAAAUCGUCCUUGUGGUCCUUCGAGCACACUCUCUAAGAUACUUGAAAACUCAAACUUGACCACUCGCCUGGAGCCAAUAUAUGAUGAUGAUGCCUUUGAUUCAUUGGACGUAAAAACCCCAGAAAAUUCUUCAGCUAGCAGCGCUUCAAUUUUCAAGCUCAUACAGAGCUGCGAUGACAGCUUAGCUGCCGAAGAUGUGCCUGAUAUAAAAAUCAAGACGGAAGAAAUCGACCUUGAAGAUGAGCUGAAGCGACUGUCUUUGACGUCUGAAUUGGCCUCCACUCAUCUAGAUUAUAAGAAGUCGUUUCUUGAUCUCUUGUCCGCCUGUGGACAGCGGCAACCAUCAAACUUCAUGGAAGCAUUUUCUAAAUUCUGUGAACCAGAAAGCAUUGUCAAGAUUGGUGAAGGUACAUAUGGGGAGGCUUUUCGGGCUGGUUCUAGUGUCUGUAAGAUAGUUCCAAUAGAUGGAGACUUCAGGGUCAAUGGAGAAAUACAGAAGAGAGCUGAUGAACUGCUUGAGGAAGUGAUACUCUCAUGGACUCUUAAUCAACUAAGAGAAUGCGAGACUGAAGCUAAGAAUUUGUGCCCGACGUUCAUAAAGACUCAAGAUAUAAAAGUAUGCCAAGGUCCCUAUGACCCUAUUCUGGUAAAAGCAUGGGAAGAAUGGGAUGCAAAACAUGGUUCUGAGAAUGAUCACCCAGACUUCCCAGAGAAACAAUGUUAUGUCAUGUUUGUUCUGGAACACGGUGGCAAAGAUCUUGAAAGCUUUGUUCUUUUGAACUUUGAUGAAGCACGGAGCUUAUUGGUUCAGGUCACGGCUGGACUGGCUGUCGCUGAAGCUGCUUUUGAGUUUGAGCACCGAGACCUGCACUGGGGAAACAUUCUUCUGAGUCGUAAUAACUCAAGUACUCUGCCUUUUAUUAUCGAGGGGAAAGAAGUUUUCAUCAAAACUUUUGGAUUACAGAUAUCCAUAAUCGACUUUACUCUUUCAAGAAUCAAUACAGGUGAAAAGAUACUCUUUCUGGACCUUACUUCUGAUCCAUACCUUUUCAAAGGACCAAAAGGAGAUAAACAAUCCGAAACUUACAGAAAGAUGAAGGCGGUUACUAAAGAUUACUGGGAAGGAAGCUUCGCUCGAACAAAUGUUCUGUGGUUAAUCUAUCUUGUGGAUCUCUUACUGACCAAGAAGUCAUUUGAGCGGUCUUCAAAAGACGAAAGAGAACUACGGUCACUGAAGAAGAGGAUGGAGAAGUAUAAAUCAACUAAAGAGGCUGUUUCAGAUCCUUUCUUCUCAGAUAUGUUGAUGGACCAAAUAGCAUGA